UUUAAUUAAAAGCAUCUUGACAAGUUGUCAAAAAAUUUAAAAUUUGCAUAAUGUUUACACCUAUUCACUUUUAUAUACACGCUUAUUAUUACUUUAUUAGCUAUUAGUGUAUAUCAUGGCCAGUAAUGAAGAUUUCUGGAAUGAAAGUUCGUCAAGCAAAUUCGAUUUUGGCGACGAUGAAGAGGAUUCAUCGUAUACACAGGGAGAUUGCUUUGCAGCAAACGUUCAAGAAAAUAUCCCUUUACAAAUCGACUCAAUAAUAUCAAACAAGUGCCUUAAAAUUAUAUUAGAUGAGACUGAUUCUACAGUAGAACAUGUUGUUGCUCCGGUUGAGGAGACCAUUAGGCGUAUGUUUCAUGCAGAAAAUUUUAUGCUUAAUACAUAUCGAAGUUUUGAAAAUAAAUUGCAAUUAUUAGAUGCAGCAAUUGAUAUUGGUGAUGGAAAUAUUAUUAUUACUGUGAUACUAUUUUUAAGUAAAACUUUAAAUAAUAAUAAAUUUUUUACUCAACUGUCGAGGAGGAAAGUAGCUGUAAGACAUUACGCUAAUUAUUUAAUUGAGAAAAAUAGUUUACAAGAGCUUGCUGAUUUGUAUAUGGCUACUGGACAUAUUUCCUACAUGAAAGAUAUUUAUUGUUUAUUAAGUAAAGAUAUUCCAAAUCAAAAUGUUCAGAAGUUGAAACAGUUCAACAGAGAUCAUUCGCGAGAGCUGCAUACCAGCGAAGACAAAACCGAGAUUCAGGAAAUUUUGGCUCUUCUAGAUUUCCAGAUUAAGCACAAGUUAAACAGUAAAUCUGUUAUUGAACAGCUUAUAAAUUUAUGUAGAUCAGAGUGGAGCAGAGGAAAUGGUGACGAUGUUAACAAUUUCAAAAAGCUGUUUAAAAUAGACGAUUUCCAGUUUGAGUGGGUUGAGAUGAGCGUUUUGUGUAAAAUGCAGAAUUGGGAGAAGUUGAUAGCUACAUUUACAAAAAGUGUGUGGGUUAUAAAAAAAAAGCGUGCUCUGAAGUCUGUUAUUAGACCUGAAUUAUUUGUUGUCGGUAUAAGCCGACAUAACCCACCCGAGUAUGUAACAGAACAGUUUUUGUCAUGUAUUAGUGAUGCUUCUAAAGUUUUGUAUUUAGCAGAGAAAUUGAAAAUCCAUAAGAUUGUUGUGAAUUAUCAUGUAGAGCAAAAAGACAAAACGUCUCUCUUGAAAUAUAUGGAAAGGGUCGAGCCCAGCAGUCCCGCUUGGUUUGCUAUCCAAAGUAGUUUGAAUAACACGGAUAUCAAGUGGAAGAACUGAUUAAUACUGGGAACAAAUUUGUUUUAUUUCAAUAUAUUUUUAUUUACAUAAAUAAAUGCAAUUUAUUUCUCUAUAUAUAAUAGGAAGAAAUAAUACUGAUACAUUUACAUA